AUGAAGGCAUCCGCUUGGCUUGUCAUCUUGGCUCUUGUAAAAGUCAUUUACGCGCAGACCUAUGGCUUUUGGGUUGCUGGCUUGGACGACAACUUAUGGGAAGUGUGCCAAGCACUCAACCUCUCUGAAUAUGAGGAGAUCAGAGAAUUGAAUUCAGUGGGAGACGUAAGGUCUGUUGACCCCGGCAGGACAUACAUGAUCCCAUACACGACUGCCGUUGCUCCGGCUACAUGGUCGAAAGAUAGAUCCCAAUUCUUGUACUUGAACAAGCAAGAGCGAACGAUUUCACUGGACAGAAUGGUAGCUGCUGCAGAGGCCACGACACUCCCCACGCAGAAGUUGUUGCCUCUCUAG